AUGCUGGCCCAAAACCCCCCCAACAACUUGCAAUUCACUCUGCCUGCUGUCAACCAGCUGUUGACAUUUGACGACCUCCGGUCUCUUUCUCCGGCUCAUCUCGACGAGUCUGCUCAGUUUGCCAGCGACGCUUCCAGUUGUCACUCUACUAUGCCACACGCCUUUGUGUACAACACCCCCGAGACCUCACACUUUGACGCCGUCACUUACGACAGUAAAAACACGACGUUGCAGGGCAGUGUCGCCUACAGCCUGCCCUUGUCUUCGCCUACACAAAGCCUUCUCAGUCACUCCAUUGAGAGCGACUUUCCCAUGGAAAGCUCACACGGUCCUAGCACACCAGAAGAGUGGUCCGCGAUGCUGUCUGACGCCGACAGGAGCUACCAACAAACCCAACACCAACACCAACACCCGUGGAACGGUGGUGUAGCUCCGUACUACGACGGCUACGCCGCGCCGGACAUGUCGUGCUCGAGUAUCCAAGCCUCCCAGAUGGCUCACCUCGGUGCUGGCUUUGAGAAUCAGCCCAACAUGCACCCUUCUGACGAUUUGCUCACCACUACCACAAGCAGCGCCUAUCCUGCCUUUGUCUCCAUGGCGCCUCUACCGUACGGCCGCGACCUGAGCCACAGCGGUUCCAACUCGUCUGUGCCUCGCGGGUUCAGCCAACACAGCGAUGUCUUUUCCGGCUUGCUCGUUCCCUCGAUCGAUAGCGAUGCGAGACACUCUAGCCCAUCUUCCUUUAGCACCGGCGAUGACGCCACUACCAACACACGCGCUUCGUCUGUUUCCGUUCCCCGCAAGAGACAGAGCCGCGAGAUGAAGAGGCAGCAGCGUCGCCCAUCGCCCGUCAGCGUUGGUCGUGCUUCCCAUACCAUCUUGCCAUACCCGACUCCCUCAUCCGCUACUCCCACCACCCUGCCCUCCAUGAGAACUCUUGCCGAAAAUGCCACGCCCGAGUGCAUGGAGUGCAAACAAACCUUUCGCGACGUUCCUACCCUCCAAAAGCACGUCAAGUCUGAGCACACACGACCGCUCCUCUGUGUCUUCCACUACGCGGGGUGCACAUCCCGCUUCCCCACCAAGAAUGAGUGGAAGCGUCACGUUGCCUCGCAGCACCUCGCGCUCCGCUACUGGAUCUGUAUCGAGGGCACCUGCGGCCAGACCCGCGGGCCCUCGACACGCUCCCGGGCCCGGAACCUGCCCGCCUUUGGCUCCAUCUUCAACCGCAAAGACCUGUACACGCAGCACAUUCGCCGCAUGCACACGGGAGCGUCUGAAGGUGGCAGCCCCGUGCUCGGGUCGUCGAAGAAGUCCGUGCCUAGCGAGGUGGAGGACCGCGUACGCGCACUCCAGGCCAACGCCGCCCGCACGCGGUGCGUCCUACCGCACUUCAUGCGGUGCCCCGCGCCCAACUGCCCCUCGGAAUUCCACGGCCCCAAUGCCUGGGACGACCGCAUGGAGCACGUGGCCUGCCACCUCGAGCGCGCCGCCGCCGGCGAGGAAGCUCCCGUGUUCUUUGGCGGUCCCGGCGACGAGACCCUCACCAAAUGGGCCGCCGCCGACGGCGUCAACGUCACCCGCCAGACGGCGGAUGGCACCUGGACGCUGUGCAACCCGCUGCGCGGCGAGGGCGGCGGCAACUCGCGCGGCGGUCGCUCGCGCGCCAGCGUCUCUUCAGCGGCCACCCGCCGCGCUUCAAUGGCGCGGCACACUGCUGACGAGGAGGACGCCGAGGGCGAGGACUGCACUUCCUGGAGUCGGUCAUGA